GCGCGGGGGGGCGGGGCGGGCCACGGCCUGGGGUCCCCGCGCGCUCUCGGUGCGCAGUGGAAGUCGCCGCCGCGCUCGGAGCUCCCAGGAGCCGCGUCGCCGUCGCCACCGCCGCCAGCCCGUGCGCCCUCGGCGCGUACCCGCCGCGCUCCCAUCCCCGCCGCCGGCCAGGGGCGCGCUCGGCCGCCCCGGACAGUGUCCCGCUGCGGCCCCGCGGCGAUGGCCACCAAGAUCGACAAAGAGGCUUGCCGGGCGGCGUACAACCUGGUGCGCGACGACGGCUCGGCCGUCAUCUGGGUGACUUUUAAAUAUGACGGCUCCACCAUCGUCCCCGGCGAGCAGGGAGCGGAGUACCAGCACUUCAUCCAGCAGUGCACAGAUGACGUCCGGUUGUUUGCCUUCGUGCGCUUCACCACCGGGGAUGCCAUGAGCAAGAGGUCCAAGUUUGCCCUCAUCACGUGGAUCGGUGAGAACGUCAGCGGGCUGCAGCGUGCCAAAACUGGGACGGACAAGACCCUGGUGAAGGAGGUCGUACAGAAUUUCGCUAAGGAGUUUGUGAUCAGUGAUCGGAAGGAGCUGGAGGAAGAUUUCAUCAAGAGCGAGCUGAAGAAGGCGGGGGGAGCCAAUUACGACGCCCAGACGGAGUAACCCCAGCCCCCCCCACACCGCCCCUUGCCAAAGUCAUCUGCCUGCUCCCCGGGGGAGAGGACCGCCGGCCUCAGCUACUAGCCCACCAGCCCACCAGGGAGAAAAGAAGCCAUGAGAGGCAGCGCCCGCCACCCUGUGUCCGCAGCCCCCGCCUUCCUGCUUCCCUUAGAACCCUGCUGUGUCCUAUCUCAUGACGCUCAUGGAACCUCUUUCUUUGAUCUUCUUUUUCUUUUCUCCCCGUCUUUUUUGUUCUAAAGAAAAACCAUUUUGAUGCAAGGUCCUGCCUGCCAUCAGAUCCGAGGUGCCUCCUGCAGUGACCCCUUUUCCUGGCAUUUCUCUUCCACGCGACGAGGUCUGCCUAGUGAGAUCUGCAUGACCUCACGUUGCUUUCCAGAGCCUGGGCCUGUUUUGCCAUCUCAGUUUUCUUGGGCCCUGCUUCCUGUGUACCACUGAGGGGCAGCUGGGCCAAGAGCUGCGCCCGGUGCCUGCAGCCUUCAUAAGCACACACGUCCAUUCCCUGCUCAGGCCCAGACCUCCUGGUAUCUGCCCCGGGCUCCCUCAUCCCACCUCCAUCCAGAGUUGCCUAAGAUGCAUGUCCAGCAGAGGCAGGAUUGCUCGGUGGUGAGAAGGUUAGGUCUGGCUCAGACUGAAUAAGAAGAGAUAAAAUUUGCCUUAAAACUUGCCUGGCAGUGGCUUUGCUGCACGGUCUGAAACCACCUGUUCCCGCCCUCUUGACCGAAAUUUCCUUGUGACACAGAGAAGGGCAAAGGUCUGAGCCCAGAGUUGACAGAGGGAGUAUUUUAGGGUUCACUUCAGGGGCUCCCAAAGCGACGAGAUCGUUAGGGAGAGAGGCCCAGGGUGGGGACUGGGAAUGUAAGGAGAGCUGGGAACGGAUCCCUUAGGUUCAGGAAGCUUCUGUGCAAGCUACGAGGAUGGCUCGGGCCGAAGGGUUGCUCCGCCCGCCGCGCUAGCUGUGAGCUGAGCAAAGCCCUGGGCUCACAGCACCCGAAAAGCCUGCGGCUUCAAUCCUACGCCUGCACCACACAUUCAAAAGGAUCGUUUUGUUUUGUUUUUAAAGAAAGGUGAGAUUGGCUUGGUUCUUCAUGAGCACAUUUGAUAUAGCUCUUUUUCUUUUUUUCCUUGCUCAUUUCGUUUUGGGGAAGAAAUCUGUACUGUAUUGGGAUUGUAAAGAACAUCUCUGCACUCAGACAGUUUACAGAAAUAAAUGUUUUUUUUUGUUUUUCAGAAAA